AAGCGCCACUUUGUUAGUUGGUGUCCUCGGUUGUUUGUGUUUGUGGUUUAUUGUGCCCGCUGCUGUUCGGAGGAGCCGACGAGGGGGCGCGGGCUGAACCGGACGGCGAGAUGGACAUUCUAAAGUCAGAGAUUCUCCGGAAGCGGCAGCUGGUGGAGGACAGGAACCUGCUGGUGGAGAAUAAAAAAUAUUUCAAACGUAGUGAACUUGCAAAAAAAGAAGAGGAAGCAUAUUUUGAAAGAUGUGGCUAUAAGCCUAUAAGUGAGAAGCCAUCUGGAGAGAUACAGCCCAAAGAGGAGGACCAGAAACCACUAGCUUCAUCAAAUCCAGUAUUAGAACUUGAACUGGCAGAAGAAAAAUUACCCAUGACUCUUUCUAGGCAAGAGGUAAUCAGAAGAUUGAGAGAAAGAGGAGAACCAGUUAGGCUAUUUGGUGAAACUGAUUAUGAUGCUUUUCAACGAUUAAGAAAAAUAGAAAUCCUCACACCAGAAGUUAACAAGGGCUUGAGGAAUGAUCUAAAAGCGGCUUUGGAUAAGAUUGAUCAGCAGUACCUCAAUGAAAUUGUGGGUGGUCAGGAACCUGGAGAAGAAGACACACAGAAUGAUUUGAAAGUCCAUGAAGAAAACACCACAAUUGAGGAGUUAGAGGCCCUAGGAGAGUCCUUAGGAAAGGGCAAUGAUCAUAAGGACAUGGACAUCAUUACCAAAUUCCUAAAGUUUUUGCUUGGUGUUUGGGCUAAAGAAUUGAAUGCCAGAGAAGAUUAUGUGAAACGCAGCGUGCAGGGUAAAUUGAACAGUGCUACGCAGAAGCAGACUGAGUCCUAUCUCAGACCACUUUUCAGAAAGCUCCGCAAAAGGAAUCUUCCUGCUGACAUUAAAGAAUCAAUAACAGAUAUUAUUAAAUUCAUGUUGCAGAGAGAAUAUGUGAAGGCAAAUGACGCUUACCUUCAGAUGGCCAUUGGAAAUGCUCCCUGGCCUAUUGGAGUCACCAUGGUUGGCAUCCAUGCCAGAACUGGCAGGGAAAAGAUCUUUUCCAAGCAUGUAGCACAUGUAUUAAACGAUGAAACUCAGCGGAAAUAUAUUCAGGGACUGAAGAGGUUAAUGACCAUUUGCCAGAAGCACUUUCCCACAGAUCCAUCAAAGUGUGUGGAGUACAAUGCCCUGUGACAACCAUGUGCAGCGUGCAAAUAGCAGUGAGAAGCUUAAAGAAGCGGUGUACAGGCUCCUGUUACCACCGGCAGAAAUGAAAAGAGAGCUGGAGCUUCCGAUUUCCAAAUUUUGCCUGCAGAACUGUGGCCACUCUCACAUCUGAUAGCAAACAGAUUUUUGGGUUUGCUAUCAGUUUGGGUUUGCUUUCAUUUUAAAUUUUGAAAAAUUUAAUUCUAAAGAC